AUGGCUAUCAUCCCACUGAAUAGCGUAGUCUUCACGCUCUUCUUGAUCCUUUCUCUAAUCGCCGGGACUGCUGCUCAAAGCUCGGCUCAGGCUGGUACCGACACCUCACCAAGCGCAUCACGGGCUUCUGUGCAGGCCUCCUCUCAGACCUCUCAGGCUACUUCCCCGCCUUCUCAGGUCGCCUCUCAGACCACUCAAGCUAUCUCUCAGGCCGCGUCGCCAAGCACUACUCCGACAAAUUCACAAGCUGCCUCCGCGGCGCCCAUUGUAGUCCCCAACGUCGACGCGGACAAGAAUUUCGUGAUCGGCAAUACUUGUGACCCCGAUCAAAAGAACAUCAUCAAAACCGCCUUUGUCGGGACUGGCACGUUGGCCUUUUAUGGAAAGCUAGAUUGGUCAAAUGCCAAUCUUGAACAAGACCUACCCUUCGUCGAGUAUCUUGGUACUAGCGCUAUUCCAAAUGCUAGCACAGUCGAGAGCGUGUUUAAGGACUAUGCAAGCGCAACCGUGAGUGCUGCUUGGAAGAUCAAUGCGGUUUGCGACAUCAAGAACGAGACAGCGGCAUGUCAAAGUAAACACGUGUAUGGCGGCAUAGGCAGCGAAGGCCCCCGGGUGGACCUCAACCCUAAUCUCUACUUUUGUUGGGAGUACUUCCGAUUCCCUCCUCUGAAUGAGGCAGUACAGAUGGGUCUGAGCGAUUCAGUCGACUGGACGCGCCGGUUCAAUAUGGGCUCUUAUCAUGAGAACCAAGCUUCCGCACUCUUGCGAGCUUUGCUCAACUAUCUCCCACAACGAGAGGGCUGGAACCGGCAUAUCUCCAACUUGUGGGUCUACAUGCGAUAUGCGGGUGGGGCGAGCAAAUGGACAGCUUGCUAUGGUGUAUACUGCACUAAGCUCCUAGCUCAGUUGGCCGACAGUGAAACAUGGGGCAUUCUUAAUGCCGAUAACUAUGCUCUUUUUGCGUUGCAGAAGUACGUUUCUCAUCAACUUGGGGAAUCUAACAGUCUUGGAGCAUCCAACUUCCCAUGGCUUCCUCGUCUCGAAGAUGGUCCAAAUCCCAUCAUUCGGUCUCUUCUUUUGGGAGAUAUCCAGACCUUCCAGGCGACUCCGGAAUUUAGCGCAGAGAGUGAUUCCCAGUGGUAUUACGACGUCGAGCGAUACCAGAAGACAGACAUUUUAGACUUCAAGGAUCAACUUCCAAAAGAAUCUCAGGCUGAUCUAGAGAAUGCGCCCUGGUCCUUUGGGGCCACCACAUCCGGUUUUAAAGCACUUCGUGACAAGUUCCUGAAGGUGUUCAACGAAGCAAAACAGAACGGCAUGUCCAACCUGGGUGCAUCAAAAGAAUACACAUGUUAUCGCGAAGAUAAAUCCGCGUUCCCGGACGCCAUAGCCUUUACAUUUGACGAAGUGCAGAGUGAAUUGAACUACUUUUGCAAGAACAAAGUCAACGACUACAUGCUUGCUGGCAAGCCUCUACAUCCGCGCAUCUUCCAAAUCGAUAAGGAAGUCGAGUUGUAUACACCACUCCCGGAUGGUACAAAGGAUCUAGUCUACUAUGUCUCCCCAGGCCCUGAUAGCUUCAUGACAGGGAAGAACUUAUCUUUAUAUUUCGAAGGAAUACAAUCUGACGAGAAAGCUUCGCAUUGCAUAGCAACAUACAACGACCUCAUUACACAUUGCGAUGGAGGAGACAGUGACGACAAAUAUGGUGGCUAUCUCAAGAUCAACGACAUGGUGCGUUGUUUCCCCUUGGGUUUGACCGAACGAUAA